UUGAUAUCGAUGAUGAUGAUAGUGAAUGUAUAGCCUUAGAACAAUCAAAGAAGAGGAAGCAAGGUGGUGCAAUGGAUGGAUUUGUAACAAAGAAUUCGCCACGGCAAACAACAUUGAAUGAGAAAUUUAAAAAGGAAGAGAGAGAUGCAGUAUGUCAAAUCAUAGCCCGAUUUUUUUAUACCAGUGCUAUACCAUUCAAUUGUGUGAACAAUCCCAUAUUUCCUCUUAUGAUUAAAAGGAUUGGAGAGUAUGGGAGGGGGCUCAAUCCUCCUUCUUAUCAUGAAAUUAGAGAGACAUUCUUGAAGAAGGAAGUGAGUGAAGCAUUGAAUAUACUCGAGAAUUUUAGAGGAGAAUGGGUGAAGACUGGAUGUACUAUUAUGUCAGAUGGGUGGUCUGACAGGAUGAGACGUUCAAUAUGUAAUUUUCUUGUCAAUAGCCCAUCGGGAACUAUCUUUUUGUCAUCCCGAGAUACUUCUGAUAUUUCAAAAACUGGCCAAAUGGUUUUUGAAAUGUUAGAUGAGAUUGUGGAAAAAGUUGGAGAAGAAAAUGUUGUACAAGUUGUGACUGAUAAUGCUUCUAACUACAAAUUGGCUAGAGAGAUGUUGAUGGAAAAGAGGAAAAAAUUAUUUUGGACACCUUGUGCCGCUCAUUGCAUUGAUUUGAUGUUGGAGGAUUUUGAGAAAAAAAUUGAGAUGCAUAGUGGGACAAUUGAAGAUGGAAGGAUGAUUGUUUCAUACAUUUAUUCAAGGUGUAUGCUUAACCAUUGGAUGAAGGAAUUCACAAAUGGCAAGGAGCUUAUUAGACCUGCAGUGACGCGAUUUGCCACUUCUUACUUAACUUUGCAGCGUCUUAAUGAACUAAAAGGAGAAUUGAUGAAUCUUUUUACAUCCUCUAAGUGGAAGUCUAGUAAGUUUGCAAGGACACGUAAAGGGAAAAAAGUUGAAGGCGUGGCUUUAGACAAUCGUAACUUUUGGACAAAUGUUGCCAAUUGUCUAAGAGCUGCAAUACCUCUUGUUAAAGUACUCCGAUUGGUGGAUUCUGAUGAGAGACCGGCUAUGGGAUUCAUUUAUGGAGCAAUGGAUCGUGCCAAGGAGGAAAUUAAGAAAAACUUCAAUGGCAUCAAAAAGUGGUAA